UUACACAAAUAGUUGUCUCUAUGUUUUGUAAUGGAAAAUCAUUUGAUUUGUCGCUGAAAUGGGCACAUAGAUGAAAGUUUGAGAAAGAAACAACGAAUGUGGUUUGGUAUUGGUAGUUUGUUUUAUGAAUUAAAAACAAUGGUUAGUUGGGGAAUUUUCAAAUAAGAUUUUGGAAACCCUUUUGCCCUUUUUUUAUUUUGUGUGUGUGUGUAUAAAAAUCCAAAAAAGAGACGUAAAUUAAAAAGAUGACACAAGGCAAUGGGAACGACAUAUCCGAAGAAGCUGCGUUGAUUUGUCGUAACAAAAGUGAGACCGUAGAAGGGAUCUUCUGGUAGAAACGACAGGUGUUGGAUUGUCGUAAGCUAAUGGGCUUUGAUUGUGGGGCUUUACACUGUUCAUUUGUAAGCAAAUGGGCCAGGCUCUGAUUGCAACUUAUCUUCCUCCCUUUUUAUUUAAAACCUCACUCUUCCCCUCCCUAAAACACCAUUCCUUUUUUGCUCUUUCCAACUUUUUUAUUUGCUUUCUUUCAUUCAUGGCUUCCUCCAAAUUAGCCGAUGACGACCUUCAAAAUCUCGUCUUCAAAUUGCAAACUUUGCUCCCUCACCUCAAUCGUAAGCCCGACAACGACUCUGCGGUAUCGGUAUCCGCGACGGAUAUAUUGAAGGAGACGUGUGAUUAUAUAAAGAAAUUGCAGAGGGAGGUGGAUGAUUUAAGUGAGAGGCUAUGGAAGCAGCUGGAUUCAAUGGGUGUUGACUUAGAGAUGGUUAAAGAUCUUAUUCUUCUUAGUUAAACAAGAAAAAUGUUGGAAUGAGAUGAAGUUUCUUAGUCUCACUGUGUGUUGUAUUUUGAAACUGAUGAGUUUGGUCUCAUAGCAUUACCAACCGACAGGUGAGACAGAAAAGUGGUGGGAUUCUAUAAUCUAUAUUAAAUGUAUUUUUCUAUUUCUA